UUGACAGUAUAGCGUGGAGAGCGAGCACACACACACGUCCAAAGAAAUAUAUUUUUGAAUAUCACAUGUUGCCAAUCACACUUUGGAUUAAAGACGGCAUCUUCAUCAAACGUGUCUUUCUUGUGUAUUGGACGCGCACUCAACCCGUGCGUAAUAUCGAUGUAUUCCAAAAUCUUGAAUCUCCAGAAUCACCCAAAGCGCGUUUGGUGAUGCGGCGUUAACGACGCGCCCCUGUGCUUCACGUGCCAUUUGGAUGUUUCCUUGAAUCUCUUUCACGGAUUGUUAUGCUGGUCAAAAACGCAUUAAUCUGAGUGGUUGGUUGCCAUUGCAUUGCUUUACAGACUGCUGUUGUGGCGGAUCACGCACGGAACCGGAUCACGCAAGGAACCUGUGGUUGGAUAUGACGCAUCGGUCACAGUAGGGACGCGUCUAGGAAAAGCCGAGAGGUUUCAGUGAGAAGCGGCCAAAAAUUUGGACUACACCUGCUCGUCAUGUCGGCGAAGAGCAAGAAGGAAAAGGAAAUCAUUACCGAGUAUGAGAGCCAAGUGAAAGAGAUACGAUCUCAGUUAGUGGAGCAGCAGAAAUGUUUGGAGCAGCAGACGGACAUGCGAGUUCAGCUGCUGCAGGACCUGCAGGAUUUCUUCAGGAAGAAGGCCGAGAUCGAAAGCGAAUAUUCACGCAACCUGGAGAAGCUUGCCGAACGAUUCAUGGCCAAGACGCGCAGCACCAAGGAUCACCAGCAGUACAAGAAAGAUCAGAAUCUGCUGUCUCCAGUGAACUGCUGGUACCUGCUGCUGAACCAGGUGAGGAGAGAGAGUAAAGAUCACGCCACUCUCAGUGAUCUUUACCUCAACAACGUCAUCACUCGCUUCACGCAUGUCAGCGAGGAUAACAUGCGUCUGCUUAAGAAGAGUAAAGAGAUUAUUUUCCAACUGCAGGAAGACCUGAUGAAGAUUCUUAAUGAACUUUACACGGUAAUGAAGACAUAUCACAUGUAUCACAGUGAGACUCUCAGUGCAGAGAAUAAGUUAAAGGAAGCAGAGAAGCAGGGUGAACGACAGGGUCGAGGGGGUGAGGCUGUCUUUAGCCUGCGCACAGAAGAUCGCCACCAACGACGAAACGCUGCCCGUAAGAUCCAAAAGAUGAAAGAAAAGCGCCAAGCCAAGUACUCGGAGAACAAACUGAAGGUUAUGAAGGCUCGGAACGAGUAUCUGUUGACCUUGGAGGCCACAAAUGCCUCCCUGUUUAAGUAUUACAUCCAAGACCUGUCGCAUUUGACUGACUGUUGUGACUUGGGGUACCAUGCGGGCCUCAGUCGAGCGUUACGGACCUACCUGUCAGCAGAAUACAGUCUGGAAACCUCUCGGCAUGAGGGCCUAGAUAUUUUGGAGGGGGCUGUGGAGGGGCUGGACCCCAGUAAUGAUCGCCAGCGGUUUAUGGAAACUCACCCGACAUCGUUCACCCCUCCUGCACGCUUUACCUUUCAGCCACACAUGGGAGACCAGGUGAGUCAAAUCACCGCACUGCCGCAGGUGCAGGCCGAGCUGCUUCUCAGAUUUCAACAGCUGCAGUCUCGCCUAUCCACACUGAAGAUUGAAAAUGAGGAGGUGAAGAAGACGUCAGAAGCCACCCUCAGCACCAUCCAGGACAUGGUGAACAUGGAGGACUAUGAUGUGUCAGAAAGCUUCCAACACAGUCGCUCCACUGAGUCUGUCAAAUCCAGCGUAUCAGACACUUACCUCAGCAAACCCAGCCUGGCCAAGAGACGUGCCAACCAGCAGGAAACCGAGCUCUUCUAUUUCACUAAGCUGAAGGAGUAUCUGGAAGGCAGUAAUCUCAUCGCUAAACUACAGGCCAAACAUGACAUGCUGAAGAGGAGCAUCGCCGAAGGUUACAGGGCAGACAUCAUGACAACCAGCCGUCGUCGAAACUCCCACAGCAGGAACCAGGACUCUGGAAAGGCCAUUCCUCUGAUGGUGGAAAGCUGCAUUCGCUUUAUUAAUCUCUACGGUUUGCAACAUCAGGGUAUUUUCAGGGUUUCAGGGUCACAGGUUGAAGUCAAUGACAUAAAGAACAGUUUUGAACGAGGGAACGACCCCUUAACUGACGAGGAGAAUAACCAUGACAUUAACUCGGUUGCGGGAGUGCUGAAAAUGUACUUCCGUAAUCUGGACAAUCCUCUUUUCCCCAAGGAAAAGUUCAACGAUCUCAUCGCCUGCAUCCGAACUGAGAAUCUGUAUGAGAGAGCCCUCUCCAUCCGAAAGAUACUGACAACGAUGCUGCGCCCAACGCUGGUGGUCAUGAGAUACCUGUUUGCAUUCCUCAACCACUUAUCCCAGUACAGUGACGAGAACAUGAUGGACCCUGGAAACCUGGCAAUUUGUUUCGGUCCCACUCUGAUGCCUACCCCAGACCUUCUGGACCAGGUUUCAUGUCAGGCACACGUCAACGAGAUCAUCAAAACCAUCAUCAUCCACCAUGAGACCAUCUUCCCUGACACCAAAGAGCUGGAGGGUCCAGUUUAUGAGAAAUGCAUGAGCAAUACUGAGUACUGUGAAAGUCCCUACAGUGAACCGGGUGCAUUUGAAGAAGGAGAGCAGGAUGGAGGGACGGAAACACAGACAAGCGAGGAGGAAGGUGAACCCGUGGAGGCCCUAGCCAAGUUUGACUACGUUGGCCGCUCUGGACGGGAGCUCACCUUUAAGAAAGGCGCCACACUGCUACUGUUUCAGAGAGCGUCUGAAGAUUGGUGGGAGGGACGUCACAAUGGCAUUGAUGGACUAAUACCACAUCAAUAUGUCACACUGCAAGAUGAUGAGGCCAUGUCAGAUACACUGAGCCAGAAAACUGACAGUGAGACCAGCACCACACCUUCAGAUGAAGUGAGCUCCAGGCGAUCUCUGACGUCCCCAACUGAACCAAGAAUACCAGAGACCUUCAUCAGCCGACACAGGAAGAGGACUGAGGCCCUUCUCCGCCGGGUCCCUGGUCGCCUAAGCGACGGUCACUGCCAUGGCAAUGGGCUGGAACGUAGCUCGCCCCCAGUGACUGUGACCGUAACAGGGCACUUUAGCCCGCGCGAGCUGCUGCGUGGGAACAGCUGUGCCCUGGACAGCCCCGAGCACCACAGGCGCACGGGACACAAUGGCACAUCCAACGGCACAGUGAAUGCCAAUAUCAGCCGGCACGAAUCCCUGCGCAGGGAAUGGGAACGAGAGAGUCCUCCAAUACACCAGUCUCCAUCCACACUGCAUUGUGGGUUACCUGUGCAACGCACACAGACGCUAAAUCCUCACACUAUGGCCAAGGACCUAGAGGAAACCAUGAAUCUAGCCUUAAAUGAGUUGCGUGAGAUGGAAAGGCAGAAUGGAAAGACCGCAGCUCCUGACCUGGUGCUGGACACGCUCGAGCAGAUGAAGACCAGCCCGUCAUGCCCAUCCGGCUCCACCCCCUCCAGUUUAUCCAGCCCCUCUGAUUCCCAGAGUCCUCUCAGUCCCGUAAGCCCCCAGCCGUCUCUCCCCCCGCUGCCUGGUCCUUCAUCCCGACGCUCCAAUGACCCGGUGGCCACCUUCAAGCCGAUCGUCUCGCCCCGUAUGGGAGUGACGCUCCGCCCACCCGCCCUACGCCCCAAACCGCCUGUUUUGCCAAAAGUAAAUCCACCUCCUUCCCAGCAGCCUCCAAAUGCCCCUUCGAGCUUCGGCAGUGACAAAUCUGGCACUAUGUGAGCCAAGAUCCAAAGGGUCCAACUGAAGCAAACAGGGUUUAAGACUGACCUUGACUAUGGGUCGAGACUGUAGAAAGUAAACAGGGUUAAUCUCUUAAUAAUGACAUGAUUGUAUGGCCGAUAGCUAUUUUACAUGCAUAACGGUCAGUUAGAGUUAGUCAAUGAUAUUAUAUCCAUUAACGUGUUGUCAGGGUGGUUUGUGUGUGUAUUCUCUAAGUGAAUAGGACUUUACUGUGUCUGUGUGUAGAUACAUUUACGAGGAACACAUUCAGAGACAGUGGAGAGACACUGUUUGGGAUUGUCUGUACAGGAAGUACAGGGUUUUUUUUGGGGAGCUGUAGAUCAGAAAAUGACUUUCCAUUGAGUGCAAUGUAUUUCGAGUGCUUUGAUUUCUUAGGCCUUACUACCACAGAGGAUUGUGCGUGGAGUCGUUCUUAUAAGUUGCUGCUGCUUUCUUUAAUAAUUUACAGGGAUACCUGUGCCUAUUGGGAAAAUGGUUAUUCACUUAAUGGGAUUUGAUAAGGAAUGUAAUUUUUUUCAAGACACCCACCCAGCUAGCCUUCCGACGGGAAACAAGGUGACAGAGGAACACAGAAUGUAUUUAAUGAAUGUUCCACGUUUUUUUUUCACUUUAUACCACAGCAAGCCUUGAUCACCGGAUUAUCCUCCCUCUUUACCGUGGAAACGCAAACACUGAAGCCUGAUUGGACGACGUGGGAGGGAACUUUUAACAUCCCGAGAACAAACGUGAACCAAGCAAAAUAUUACAGAGUAGAACGUAUCCAUUUGACGAUAAGAAAUGCGGAGGAUCGCAAAGACAUUGAUGACAUUAUGGAGGUUUGCAGGAAGCGUGUAGCAUGUAUUGACUUCUGCCGCUAGGCCACGCCCUCCCUCAGGUCGUUCAUGUACAAUUUCUGCUGCUGCUUCAAUAAUGGACGAUAAUAAUCAUUUUCAAUCCUUAAAUUUUAAUGUCCCCUGUGCUUCCUGUGUGUGUGUGUGUGUGUGUGUGUGUGUGUGUGUGUGUGUGUGUGUGUGUGUGUGUGUGUGUGUGUGUGUGUAAGAAAUUGAUGGCAGACCCUCUUUCCAACACGCAAACCAUUCAUGUUAAACAGGCUUAUGUGUGUGAUGUGGUGGAGCUUUGUAUGAUAGAGGGAAGUUCAAAUAGUGCAAGAUGGUGGAUAAUUCAUGCUUGCAGUACUGCAUAUAAGUGUUUAUGUGUUUGCGUGUGUAAAAGAGGGCGUUUAGUCUUUGUGUAAAUAUGCAUGGAGGAGAAACUUUGGAGGACAUUGUUUUAUGAUGAUAUAACAAUGCUCUGCGUCUACCAAACAGCCUUUGUUCACUUUUUUUAUACAAUAAUUUGUUUUUCACUUUUUCAACUGCUUCUCGGUUACGUUUUCUAUGCGUUACAUUUUUUACCAGUUUAUCGAUUCCUGGUGUAUACGUUCAACGUGUAGGCCUACUACUGGCACUCUUUCAUGCGACCACAUACGUUAGUUUAUCAGAAGCCUGUCUCCACCUUUUGUCUGUUUACCAAGCGACCUGCAAGACCCCCACUCCAUCCACUAACACACACACACAAACAAACUGUGUUGACAUGAAAGUGCCUUUCAGGAAACACGUUGAAUGCAGGAGCCUGGUCUGCCAAGGGUGCGUGCUGCUGUCGCUUUCUGAAAAGUCGUUCCACAAGUUAAAUAAUUAAGCUAGAGCUCUUUCCAAAUGUUUAAUAAUCCGAACGAAUAAUAAAUAUGUACAUUUAAUCAAUUGUGAUGUCGCACUUUCAUGUAUAGGACUGUAUUGGCAUGUAGCAUUAAAUCAUGUUUCAGUGCAUUUUAAAACGUGUCGAAACUGAAUGUCUAUGAAAUAAAGGAAGUUGAUAUGUC